AUGUCUAUAGACCAUGUUAAGGAGGUAAAAAUACACCAACAAAUACACACAGGAGAGAAGCCUUACUCCUGCUCUGACUGUGGGGGGAGAUUCUCUCGACGGAGCCACUUAAAAAGACACCAACAAAUACACACAGGAGAGAAGCCCUACUCUUGCUCUGACUGUGAAAAAUGCUUCACAACAUCAUCUGACCUAACAGUUCACCAGAGAACACACACAGGAGAGAAGCCUUACUUCUGCUCUGACUGUGGGAAGAGUUUCUCCCUAUUGGAUACCUUAAAAGCACAUGAACGUAUACAUACAGGAGAAAAGCCUUACUCCUGCUCUGACUGUGGGAAGAGGUUCUCUCAACAGAGCAACUUAAAAAAACACCAACGUUUACAUACAGGAGAAAAGCCUUAUUCCUGCUCGGACUGUGAAAAGAGUUUCUCCCAAUUGGAUAAGUUAAAUAGUCACCAGCGAAUACAUACAGGAGAGAAGCCUUACUUCUGCUCUGACUGUGGGGAGAGUUUCUCUCAACACAGCAGCUUAAAGAAACACAAACGUAUACACACAGGAGAGAAGCCUUACUUCUGCUCCGAAUGUGGGACGAGUUUCUCUCUACAGGACAGCUUGAAAUCACACCAACGUAUACACACAGGAGAGAAGCCUUACUUCUGCUCUGACUGUGGAAAGGAUUUCUCUCGACACAGCAGCUUAAAGAAACACCAACAUAUACACACAGGAGAGAAGCCUUACCCCUGCUCUGAAUGUGGGAAGAGUUUCACAACAUCAAGUGCUCUGACAGUUCAUCAGAGAGUGCACACAGGAGAGAAGCCUUACUCCUGCUCUGACUGUGGGGGGAGUUACUCUCGACUGGGAAACUUACAAACACACCAUCGUAUACAUACGGGAGAGAAGCCUUACUUUUGUUCUGACUGUGGUAAAUGCUUCACAACAUCAAGUGCUCUGACAGUUCAUCAGAAAACACACACAGGAGAGAAGCACACCAACGGAUUCACACAAGAUUAAAAUCUUAGGUUUUCGGUGGAUUGACAAUGGACCCCUGUUUUAAAGUAUCCUUUUUUGGUAACAAAAGGAGAGAAGCUUCAUCAGUUCUCUCAGACCAGCUAAGAUUGAAGUCACUCCAUCACUUAAUUCUCAUAAAAGAAGUGGUAAGUGAAUUGGAUCAAAUUAAGAAAGUGUAGAACACUCUAUUGUAAUCCUAUUGUUUCUCACUGUGAGAACCGUGCAGAGGAAAGGGAGAGUUACAGAAUGUUAGCCUCUCUUUACUGAUCAGUGUGCAUCUUGUCAGUUUUGGUGUGUUUUGUUAGCUUCUACCGCAAAGAUAUUGAGAUGACUUUGGAUUGGCUCUUAGCGUUGAUUACCCUCUUAGGUUUCUCUUGUUGAAACAAUGGAGUCUGAUGGUUGACUGGGUAGUACUGCUUCCCUCUAGUUUUCUGUGGGAAUGAGCAAGUAGACAACAUGUAUGAGAUAGAGAUGGUGUGAUGAUCAGUUUUUGGCAGUUA